GGUAGUCGGUAGAAGUUCCUUCUUGGACACCGAGAAAGAGCAGCAGAAAUGGUUGUCGGAGGUUUCGGCGGUGUCGAUGGACCUGUCGGCAGCUUCAGUGGUAAGAUCACACUUUCGGUGGUGAUCACCUGCAUCGUUGCUGCUUCAAGCGGCCUCAUAUUUGGCUAUGACAUUGGAAUUUCAGGGGGUGUGACAACUAUGCAACCAUUUCUUCAGAAAUUUUUCCCAUCGGUUCUAAGGAAAGCAGCAGAGGCUAAAACCAACACGUAUUGCGUGUACGAUAGCCAAGUUUUAACAUCCUUCACUUCUUCCUUGUAUAUUGCUGGUUUGGUUGCAUCACUGUCUGCUAGCCGCCUCACUGCGAAAAUUGGUCGACGAAACACGAUGAUGUUAGGUGGCCUCACCUUCUUUGCCGGUGCUGCUGUUAACGGUGGCGCUGCUAAUGUUGCCAUGCUUAUCAUAGGCCGUAUCUUGCUUGGUUUUGGGGUUGGUUUCACCAAUCAGGCAACUCCUGUAUACCUGUCGGAAGUGGCACCACCAAAAUGGAGAGGAGCAUUCAACACAGGCUUCCAAUUCUUCAUAGGCAUAGGGGUGUUGGCAGCCAACUGCAUAAACUUCGUCACUGCUAAACGAAGUUGGGGCUGGCGCCUCUCUCUGGGUCUGGCCGUAGUACCCGCUGUCAUCAUGACAAUGGGCGCACUUUUCAUUUCGGACACUCCCAGCAGCCUAAUACAACGAGGCAAAAUGGAACAUGCCCGACAUUCUCUUCGAAAAGUCCGAGGGAAAGAUUGUGAUGUGGAACCAGAGCUAGCUGAGCUUAAAAUGGCCAGUGGCAUAGCCAAAGAGGCUAAUCAAGAACCAUUUGUGACAAUAUUUGAGAGGCAAUAUAGGCCUCACCUGGUUAUGUCAAUUGCCAUACCAUUUUUCCAACAACUUACAGGGAUUAACAUCAUUGCAUUCUAUGCACCGGUUCUAUUCCAAUCAGUUGGUUUUGGAAAUGAUUCAGCUUUGAUAGCGGCUAUCAUAUUGGGCUCAGUUAAUCUUGCAUCAAUUGUAGUUUCAGCCGGUGUAGUCGAUCAGUUUGGUCGGAAGUUUUUGUUCAUGGAAGGUGGAAUCCAAAUGUUUGUCUCUCAGGUUGGGGUGGCAGUGGUGCUAGCAGUUACAACGGGUGUUUCGGGCACAAAGGAAAUCAGCAAGGGAUACGCCAUACUGGUACUGGUUCUAAUGUGCAUGUACGCAGCUGGAUUCGGUUGGUCUUGGGGUCCUCUCAGUUGGCUGGUUCCAAGUGAAAUAUUCCCAAUCAAAAUUCGACCCACGGGUCAAAGCAUCAGCGUCGCUGUCAACUUCGCCACCACCUUUGUGCUUUCCCAAACCUUCUUGACCAUGCUUUGCCACUUCAAAUAUGGGACCUUCUUGUUCUACGCCGCGUGGAACGCCUUGAUGACCAUUUUCGUUGUCCUCUUCUUGCCCGAAACCAAAGGCAUUCCUCUCGACUGCAUGAAUUCUGUUUGGGAGAAGCACUGGUAUUGGCGUCGGUUUGUUACUGGUUAACGACUUAAUACCAACAUUAUUUAUAACCAUGUUGAUUAUCACAAAUCAGAUUACCACUUUAAAGAAGAAGAAAAACUUGAUGCCAACAUCUUUUCCA